AUGUUGACUGAGAAGAGGGACAAUGUUGUAAUAGUGAUGAAGAGAGCAGAGAAAGAACUAGACACAGAUAAAUUAAUUAGUAGAAGAGAUGACACUUCACUGCAAGAUACAGCAACUAUUAUCACAGCUGCAAGAGAAGUAGAAGAAGAAGAAGAAGAAGAUGUGAUAAUAAGAGCAGUGCUCUCACAGUCUGUUGACACUACUGUCUUCAUCUUCAACUGA